AUGGCCUUCAACUUCAACUGGUCGCCUUUAACGGCCGACGCCGAGUUCUACUCGCGUGCCCGAGACCUGCUCACAAAGGCCCUGAACAAAUCGCCUAAACCGCCCAUUAUCGUCGAUGACAUCCUCGUCAGCGAAUUCAACUUGGGCACCGUCCCACCCGACCUGGAAAUCCUGGAAAUUGGAGACCUUGCAGAGGAUAGAUUUCGAGGCAUUUUCAAAAUGACCUACUCUGGAGACGCCUAUUUGACGCUCAAGACGCGGGUUCAGCGAGCUUUGAGAUAUCGCGCGGUCGGGAUGCAAUUCGUCAUUGCCGGCAUUACCGUCGAUCGCUUAGCUCUCGGCGCACUGCACACAAAAAACCAGCUGCUUCGAGCUUUCACUCUGGAACUGGGUCCGGCUUUAUUCCCGGCCAAUCCACUCAAUACCUAUCUCUUCUCAAAACCAGAAUUCACCUCUCCACAGCCGCUGGCCGCAGCCUCGGGCCUGACGAUCCCCCUCUCAAUUACCCUGUCCGAUAUCAAGCUAUCGGCCUUCAUUAUCCUGGUCUUCUCGAAACAAAAGGGACUGACCUUGGUGUUUCGCAAUGACCCGCUCGAGUCUCUCAAGGUCUCCUCGACCUUUGAUUCGAUCCAAUUCGUGCGGGACUAUCUGCAGCGGACUAUUGAGCAGCAAUUGCGAAACUUGAUGAUGGAUGAGCUGCCAGCGAUUAUUCAUCGCUUGUCUCUCCAAUUGUGGUGUCCAGACCAGGCCAAUAAGGGCGUGGAAACCCCGAAAGAGGAGACGGACGAGGAGGGGGUGAACCCGCUGUCAAGCCCACCUCUGGACCCUGUUGAUGCCAAUGGCAACCCGCUGGACCCAAGCGCCAUCUCGGAAAUCUCUUUGAAUGGCGGAGGCGAGACACAGUCGCUCUUCUCCCAGAAGAAUCUCCUGCGUCUCGCUGCGCUAACCGAUUCUCAUCGGACCCUUUCUCUGUUUACACCCGGUAUACGGGACGUGGUAUUCCGAGCUUGGUCGGGCUGCGCCGACCGCACUGAUGCCGCCACUCCGUCGGUUUCGUCUCCCAAUCGUGUGAGGACAAACUCACACGCCGGCGUCACAGGCACCACAUAUACAUUUUCUGACACGGGAAGCACCCUGCACGGCUCGAUAUCUUCACGGCCUUCUUUUACCACCACCAUUAAUGCCUCCACAGGCUUGGGCGUUGGCAACAAUGUUCGAUCAAGGCAGGGUCGCAAGAAGAAGAACCGUGUGGUCAAUCUCAGGAAGACCAAGUCGGAAGCUGUCACUCCAGAAAACCAAUCCGAAGCUGGAUCCAACACACCCGUUUCGGUCAACAUUCCCCUCUCGGAGCCCUUAUUCGACAACUCAAUACCUGAAGAAGAUGAGCUGCCAGAUGAUCCUUUCAUCACCGAUCAUUUCAACCCACAGACGCUCAUGACCGACAUGGGCGAGAACUCACUCACCUUGGAGGAGCUCACGUCCGCCUUGAAGGACUUGAAGAUGCUGGCUGACGCCACGGCUAACAGUCGUAAGGCGACUCCCGAAAAAGGCAGCCCUCGGGAGACUCCCGGUGCCAAGGCUCAGUCAUCGCCUGACCUUCUAGACCAAGACUGGGUCAUGAAAAUGGCGAGUGAGAUCGCACGCCGCGUCUAUGACGAGAAGCGGUCCCAGCAACGGGGCAAGUGGGAUGAGUCUGAGGACGCCCCGCCCCCGGCAUACGAGGCAUCGCCCUCGCCUCAGUCCCCAUGCCAUUGA